GCAGCUGGAACAUCCUGGUGGUCCCCCUCCUCCUUCAGUCGCUUCCUUCUAUUCAACUCUGCACCGGGAAAAAGAUGCUAUAGUGACACAAUGGGAUACAAAAAGCUGUGUGACGCGUGAAGGAUUUUAAAAUAAUACAAUCUGGAGAUUUUGCAGAGAAACAACAACACCUGGAAUGUUUCCUUUUUUCCUCAUCAUAAGACGUGAGACAAGGAUGCGGGUCGGGAGCCAGUUUGUUGUGGUCGGUGAUAAAAGGACUGGCAAGAUCUCAGCAUGAGUUACCUGGGGCAGGAAAAGUGAUAUCCAUGUUCUUUUGGACCCCCGAGGGAGGACCAUGGCUAAGAGGAAAGGACUGUUAUUGUCUCUGCUCUACUUGAUAGCAGAGUUCUGGCUCAGUUGGCAGCAGGUCUUGAGGAUUGGCGGCAUCUUCGAGACGCUGGAGAACGAGCCCAUCAGUGUGGAGGAGCUGGCCUUUAAAUUUGCGGUGACCAACAUAAACCGGAACAGGACCUUAAUGCCAAACACCACGCUGACUUAUGACAUCCAGAGAAUAAAUUUGUUUGACAGCUUCGAGGCGUCCCGAAGGGCCUGCGACCAGUUGGCGCUGGGCGUCGGCGCCGUGUUUGGGCCCUCGCACAGCUCGUCGGUCAGCGCCGUCCAGUCCAUCUGCAACGCCCUGGAAGUCCCUCAUAUCCAGACCCGCUGGAAACACCCGUCAGUGGACAACAAAGACAGCUUCUACAUUAACCUCUACCCCGAAUACGCCUCCAUAAGUCGAGCGGUGCUGGAUGUGGUGCAGUACUACAAGUGGAAGACCGUCACUGUCGUCUACGAGGACGCCACGGGUCUGAUUCGUUUGCAAGAGUUGAUCAAAGCUCCGUCCAGAUACAGCAUUAAAAUCAAGAUCCGCCAGCUGCCGACAGGAAGUAAAGACGCGCGUCCUCUCUUGAAGGAGAUGAAGAAGGGGAAGGAGUUUUACGUCAUCUUUGACUGCUCCUACCAAACAUCAGCCGAUGUGCUCAAGCAGAUCCUGUCCAUGGGGAUGAUGACGGAAUAUUACCAUUUCUUCUUCACCACACUGGACCUAUUUGCGCUCGACCUUGAGCCGUACCGCUACAGCGGCGUCAACAUGACGGGCUUCCGGCUGCUCAACAUCGACAACCCUCAGGUGGCCUCGGUGGUGGAGAGGUGGUCCAUGGAGCGACUGCAGGCUCCUUCCAAAGCAGAGACGGGAAUGAUGGAGGGAAUGAUGACGACGGAAGCUUCUCUGAUGUACGACGCCGUCUACAUGGUGGCGGCUGCCUCGCAACGGGCCGCCCAGAUCACGGUCAGUUCGCUUCAGUGCCACCGACACAAGCCUUGGCGUUUUGGAGCACGCUUCAUGAACAUGCUCAAAGACGCGCAGUGGAACGGCUUAACAGGACAAAUCAUCAUAAACAAGACAGACGGCCUGCGGAAAGAUUUUGAUUUAGACGUGAUCAGCCUCAAGGAGGACGGCUUGGAGAAGAUAAUCGCGGGCAACAAUCGCCUGAAUAAAGUGUGGAAAAAGAUUGGUGUAUGGAACUCCCAAACUGGCCUUAAUUUAACAGAAAACAACAAGGACAUGGGCACAAACGUCACAGACUCCAUGGCCAACAGGACCCUCAUCGUCACCACUAUUCUGGAAAAUCCUUACGUGAUGUACAAGAAGUCUGAUAAGCCGCUGUAUGGAAACGACCGCUUUGAGGGCUAUUGCCUGGACCUUCUCAAGGAGCUUUCCAACAUUUUGGGCUUCUCGUAUGAGGUGAAAUUGGUAUCAGACGGUAAAUAUGGCGCCCAGAACGACAAAGGGGAGUGGAAUGGCAUGGUGCGGGAGCUUAUUGACCAUGUGGCCGAUCUGGCAGUGGCCCCCCUCACCAUCACCUACGUGAGGGAAAAAGUGAUAGAUUUCUCUAAGCCCUUCAUGACUCUGGGGAUCAGUAUUCUCUACCACAAACCCAACGGCACCAAUCCAGGGGUUUUCUCCUUCCUCAACCCACUGUCUCCUGAUAUCUGGAUGUAUGUGCUGCUGGCCUGCCUUGGUGUGAGCUGUGUGCUCUUUGUCAUCGCCAGGUUCACUCCCUAUGAAUGGUACAAUCCUCACCCCUGCAACCCAGACUCAGACGUGGUUGAAAACAAUUUUACCCUUAUAAACAGUGUGUGGUUUGGUGUUGGAGCACUCAUGCAGCAAGGGUCUGAGCUGAUGCCCAAGGCUCUCUCCACGAGGAUAGUAGGUGGAAUCUGGUGGUUCUUUACGCUGAUCAUCAUAUCAUCCUACACUGCCAACUUGGCCGCCUUUCUCACUGUGGAGAGGAUGGACUCGCCCAUCGACUCCGCAGACGACUUGGCCAAGCAAACCAAAAUAGAAUAUGGCGCCGUGAGAGAUGGCUCCACCAUGACUUUUUUUAAGAAAUCCAAGAUCUCCACCUACGAGAAGAUGUGGGCCUUCAUGAGCAGCCGGAAAAACACCGCCUUGGUAAAGAACAACCGCGAGGGUAUCCAGCGGGUCCUCACCACUGACUACGCCCUGCUUAUGGAGUCUACUAGCAUAGAGUACAUCAGCCAGCGCAACUGCAACCUCACACAGAUCGGAGGUCUGAUAGAUUCAAAGGGCUACGGCGUGGGAACCCCAAUUGGUUCACCUUACAGAGACAAAGUAACCAUCGCCAUCCUGCAGCUUCAGGAGGAAGGCAAGCUGCACAUGAUGAAGGAGAAAUGGUGGAGGGGCAACGGCUGCCCCGAGGAGGACAGCAAAGAGGCCAGCGCUCUGGGUGUGGAGAACAUUGGGGGCAUCUUCAUCGUGCUGGCGGCCGGACUCGUCCUUUCCGUUUUUGUCGCCAUCGGAGAGUUUAUCUACAAGUCCAGGAAGAACUUGGACAUCGAGGAGGUGAGCGUCGGCCAGUGCGAAUGGCACAACAAGUAUUAACGCAUUGUUGUCAUGUUUGGGGACGCGCUGGAGGACUUGAACGCGACACAACUUUGAGCUGCGCCGACGUUCCUCUGAGGUUCCACGGAGAACUGUGUGAAUGUGUCGAACUGCAUUGUUACAAUCAAAACUUUUUAUGGCAGAGUUUAGUGUUUUCUGUAGUUUUGAUGUAGACCUCAUGAAUAUUUUAAUCGGAAUACAUUAAAACCCUUUUGGGAGGAUUUGACACCAUGAUGCUUUGCCAUGGCCUUUCUGUUUUACGGGAAACGAAAAUGUCAUUCCAGUUUUUGUAGGCAAGUGAUGGUAAGCAUUCCCGUGUUUAAAACAAACACACUUCUACGUGCUCAUGUAUUUGGAAAGAUCUUUUCAUUUUACCGAUGAUUAUUGUUUCUAAAUUAGUUGUAUUUAUCAAGUUACUUUGUGUUUUUAUUUUCUUGAGCAUGUUGGUGUCUCAUCAGCAUUGUUUCGGAGUGGGAAAAACAAGUUACGUGAGAACAUUACAUCCUUUUAACCCUC